GCACCACACCCGCACCACUGGGUCUUUCCAUUGAAUGGGUAUAGCGUGGAUCGUUCAUCAGAGCAUCCCAGUAUUUCAGACGUUGGAGCGCAGCGUUGCCGUGAGAUCUGGUCAGUGUAAUCAUCAACGAUUUUUGGCAAGCUUCAAGACCUGACGAGCGUCGCAUCGCUGCCCUAGAUGACCGCUUUCCACUACCUUGCAUCAAUACCGUUUGUCUCCGUCGUUCCUGUGUUUGCAAAGCAUGGCAAUAAAAGUGCAAGUGAUGGUGAUGAAGAUGAAGACGACGAAAAUGAUAAUGACAGCGACGAAGACAACAACAAUGGUGACAAUGAGGAAGACAAUCAAGACACCGUCAGAUCGGGCUCGGUGUCAUCUCUGAAUCCUACGCAGACAAACUCAGCACCUCCGAGCUCAACGUCCACCUCACUGAGUUCUCCCGAUCUCCAGUUUAUUCCUCCGAGUAACGUCACAGUUUGUGGAAGUACCACUUUCCGUUGGAAUUACAACGGGACAGAAGAUAUUGCUCUGACUAUCGCCGUUACGAAUGAGCGAAGCUCUCAACUUGCUUCGCAACAGAGUAACGAGACGAUGCUGAUUUCUCGCACUUUGACGAAUACUGUUUCGUCAAAUGCAAAAGGGAUGGCAUGGAGUCGUGCUGAUGUCCCUGCGGGGGCUUAUGUGGUUCUCGCGUUUGAUACGGAGCAGGGUUCAGGAUUGCAUGCACAAUCUCCACCUUUCUUCGUCGUUGCCAGUACGGACAUGGGCUGCCUUACACCUACAUCCAUCACGUCUCCCCCAUCUCCCACUAAAUCAAGCAACGCGUCGUCACAGGACACUGGUACUGCUAGCCCAGCUCCUGUCCAGUUGCAGUCGCAAGGGAAGGCUCUUAGUACCGGUGCAUUGGCGGGGACGGUGAUCGGGGUUGUCGUUGGGGUACUGUUGUUACUGCUGGCAUUCAAUUUUCCACAUUUCUGGAGACAUUCUUUGCCUAGGCGUGCACGUAGGCCUGGAGGUCCUUACCUGCUAUUCUGAGUGUCUUCCAAGACUGUAGUAUUAUUAUCGCAGCGACGAGUAAGUAUUAACCGGACUAUUAUAUUGCGAGUAGUACAGGAAUGGUGUAUCGUUACAGCUACAAUGUACAGUCUGAUAUUCGUGC